GCGCUGCCGGUGCUCUCUGGGGAAGCGCUGCCGGUGCUCUCUCUGUGCCCGGGAUGGGUCUGGGCGCUGCCCGGGAGCGGGCGGGCCGCGGUCGGGGCCGGGGGCUCGGGGGUCCCGCUCUCAGCGCGGUGCCGCGGCUCUGGCAGGGAGCAGACCCGGCUGAGGGACAGCGUGCUGGAGGAGGACACCGAGGAGUGGCAGAAASAUCCCGAUUUCGUGGGGCUGGAGAGAGUGGGAGGCGUGGAUUUGUCCUACAUCAAAGGAGACGACAGCCGUGCCUGCGCCUCGCUGGUGGUCCUCAGCUACCCGGCUCUCGAGGUGCUGUACCAGGAUUGUCGCAUGGUGCCCGUCACUGCCCCGUACGUGGCCGGAUUCCUGGCGUUCCGAGAGGUUCCUGUCCUGGUGGAAGCUGUCCAGAGACUUCAGCAGGAGGAGCCCCAGCUCCAGCCCCAGGUGCUUCUGGUAGAUGGGAAUGGCCUGCUCCAUCCCAGAGGAUUUGGCACAGCCUGUCACCUCGGAGUCCUGACAGAUCUGCCGUGCAUUGGGGUGGCCAAGAACCUCCUGCAGGUGGAUGGCUUGGUCAGGGACGAGCUGCACAGAGAGCAGGUCCGKUCCCUGCAGAGGCCAGGAGAUACAUUCCCACUGACUGGCACUUCGGGGAAAGUCCUGGGCAUGGUGCUGCGGAGCCACAGCAAGAGCUCCAGGCCCCUCUACGUGUCCGUGGGCCACCGGGUGAGCCUGGGCACRGCCGUGCGCCUCGUCAGAGCCUGCUGCCGCUUCCGCAUCCCGGAGCCCAUCCGCCAGGCUGACAUUCGAUCGAGGGAGUACCUCAGGAAGCAGCCCUGUGCUCCGCUGGAGGUGCUGGAGGCUGUCCCUGCCAGCCCAGAGAGCAGCGAAAAGGAGGCUGAACUGGAGGAUUAGUCUGAUGCCAGCAAAAACUGCAGAGCUCCUCUUCACUGGAUCCUCUCCUGCACCAGGGAGCCCAAUGCCACCCUGAGGGACAGCUGUGCCAGGCUGUGCCCCUCAGGACAGCACAGCCACUGCUCAGGGACAGUCCCUGCAGGGAAUUCCUCAGGGUUUGUUUUUAAUUGUCAAAAUCUUUGUGUAAGCAAAAGCUCACGUUAAGUUUGCAACACCUCGCUUGGGCAGCUGCAGGAGGUGAUUUACAAAGAGAUGUUGGGGCAUUUCAACUCCAGAGUGGUGGAGUCUUCCACCACACCUCUGUGGCACACAGACCUCCCUUCCUGUCGUUUUUGGAACAGCUUCCCCCUGUCCCUGGGCUCUCCCAGUCCCUCUGGGUUCCUGGGGAGCAAAGCCCAGUUCCAGCUCUGGCUGGACAGCCCUGCUGCCCAGCUCUUCCUGAAGGAAGGAUCAUGGCAGGGGAGAGGGUGGGAGAAAUCCUCUGUCCCCAGGAGGGAGGGAGAGAUGUCAUUCCUGACAGAGCACUCCAGGAACAGAUCCCAGGCUGGAGUUGUGGCCUGAGGAGCAGAGCCCAGAGCUGUGCCCAAAUCCUCCUCACCCCUUGUCCAGCCUGCAGGGCCAGAGCUUCUCCUGCCAAGCUGUGGGGUCCUGGCUGGGUUUGCAGGUGGGUCCUGGCUGUUCCCAAAGAGCAGCAGCAGCAGAAGGUGCUCUGGAAGUCCUUGAUGUGUAAGAUCGCAGCCUGGAGAGGAAGAAGAUUGCUUUCCUGGGGCUGGGGAGGGUGCUCAGGUCAGGCUCYUGUGGGCUGUUUUAACCUCAAUUUUAUAUAAAUUUGUUG